AUGCUCAUAGCGCCUACUCCUCCAUUUGGGUUCGGAACAUAUGAUUUCACACCAUCCAGGACAAGCCUUCGUUGUUUCCCUCUCGAGGACUCACGGUCGACAAUGGAAGAUUUGAGUAACUACAAGGUCAAUCCGCCGGCGCCCGUCACCCUUCCUGGUCGCUACGUGACUCUCGUACCAUAUGACAGAGAGCAACAUCUAGAACGAUUAUGGCAGGCCUUGGGCGGUGCCAAUGGCAUAAACGAGCUGAUCAAAUAUUUUCCAAACGACACAUAUCUUGUCUCUCAUGAUUUAGGCAGUUGGAUCGAACGCAGCAAUGCUGCUUCAAAUUUCACCACAUUAGUAGUUGUCAGAAACUCUGACAGCACAGUCGUUGGUAUGGCAAGCUACAUGCGACCUGAUCCAUCUAAUGGUGUCGUCGAGGUGGGUUCAGUCGCGCAUGGUUCGGCUAUGGCCCGAUCACCGCUAUCAACUGAACUUCAUUACCUUAUGGCCAAGCAUGUCUUUGAUGAUUUGGGGUACCGUCGCUAUGAGUGGAAGUGUCACAAUGACAAUGAACCUAGCAGAGCCUCCGCAGAACGGUAUGGUUUCACGUUUGAAGGUGUCUUCAGACAGCAUAUGAUAUCGAGAGGCAAGAACAGAGAUACUGCUUGGUUUUCAAUCAUUGACAAGGAGUGGCCAAUGAUAAGGAAGGCUUUCGAAAUGUGGUUGGAGCCAGAUAAUUUUGACGAGCAAGGCAGGCAAAAGAAGAAGUUGCAAGAAAUACGGAAGGAGCUAGCGGGUAUCUGA